AUGUCGAGCAAGGUUGCUAAAAUCGUUGAAGAAAACAAGAAAAGCAGACACUACAGUCUUUCUCUCAGCGACAAGAGCAUCACCCAACUGACGCAGAUUUCUUCCGACUUCAGCCAACUGCAGCACCUCUCCGAGCUCAUUCUCGCGCACAACGGCCUCAAACAGCUCACUGCUUCGAUCACAAACUUGAAGAAUCUCAAACUCCUCAACUGUUUCAACAAUGAGCUCGUCGAGCUUCCCGGAAACUUGUCGGAGCUGCAAGAGCUGAGUAAUCUCAAUUUGGGAAUGAACAAGCUCCAGCGCCUGCCGAACAGCUUCCACAAACUCGCCAAGCUCGAAAUACUCGACCUGACGUACAACAACUUCAACGAAACAGUUUGCGAGCAGUUUUGCGAGCCCCUCUCCAAGGUAACUCUCAGCCAGUCGCGUUUUCCCUAUUUUCGUAGUCGCUGCGCGCGUUAUAACGCUCAUUCCGCCGGAAAUUUCACUGAUGGACAAUUUGACAGAGCUUCAUUUACAGGGCAAUUUGCUGAGUCUACUUCCGCCGCAGCUUCCAAUGCUCGUCGGGAAGAAGCUCAAAAUCCUGAGACUGGAGAGGAACUACUUCGUCCGACCGAUCGAAGAAAACAGGAAAAAGGCCAACAAGCGCUGAUGGACUAUCUCCGCUCCGACCAGUACUGCAUCUUCUACAACCGCGAAGGAGGCGACCAGAACGCGGAGCCUUCUUCCGAGCGCCGCAAAGAGCGGGAGAAGAAGCGGCAAGUCACCCGCCCAGUCCAGGCUUGA